CUUUAUGACUAGCCAUAGAUUCAUGUACUUUUGUGCAAUCAUCGCACUUCCGCAAAACAGUGUCCGCGGUUGAACAGCCUUCAAGACCUGCUCCAAAGCGCCAGAGCAACAGGUGUACGCAGAAACUUAACCCGGAAAUACGACAAACGAAACAAACAGGAAUCGUCCUGCCGAGAUCAUGGAUAAGAACAUUCAACAGGAUUUUGAGAACCAGUUCAAUGAUGUGGUCUCAAGACUACAGUCAAAGGAGAUGUUCCAGUCAGACUGGGACAUUGCCUCUUUUGCGGUUUUCUUCAUCUUUAUAGGGAUGGUUCUGCUGCUGGUUAUCCUGGUUCUCAUCCGCUGCUGUUGCUGCUGCUGCUGUGAUGAGAAGCCAAGAAGACAGAAGGUGGGCAUUGACAACAUGGCAAUGGAGCCGUGAUCUUCCAGCAACAACAGGCAACAUUACAUACAAAAUAACGGAUUAUGCGAAUCUAUUUUUUAUGUCAGCUAUACCAACUUAUCAAUAUUUAUAUGUCAACAAGUACAUUAAUGGAUGAAGGAAGAACAUAUUUUAGGUAGAUACUUCCUUAUAGGAAUGAUAAAGGUGAAACCCUUUCCCUACUGUGUAAAAACGCUGUUAAUAGUUACCCAGGAAAUCACAUGAUUGUAGUUGCAUCGUCUAUUACAGAUACCAGAUCAGAGACAUCACAGAUUUUUAUAUGCAAGCAUGCUCACUAGUUUUGAAGACAUUGGUUACUGGUUAAACUUUAACUUUAUUGAAGCACUUUAUAGCAGCUUUCCUAAAUGUAACCUGUGUAGGCCCUUAACAGUGGCCUCUGUUGAAAUUAACUUGUUUUUACAAGUUCAAUUUUACAGUUAAGAAUACAGUUUGUUUUGUGUGUUUAAUCUGGAACCUGGCUGUUAAGACUGAUCCCAGAUGCCACUUACCCUACACAUUUUCCUUGAAUCAGCUUUGUGUUUUUAGUGUAUUUCUUUCAAAUGCUUAACUUUUAAAUCUGCAAUUUGCAUAAUACAGAACUUACACACUACAGAGGAUAAAAGAGAGAGAGAAAAAAGAUACUUAUUCAACUGUACUGUGUAAAAUUGAGUUUUAAUGUUUGUUUAACAUUUUUAUAAUGUACCACAUUAUUUGUAUAAAGUUUAGACAUUGUAAACAAGAAAAUAAAUAAAAACCUUUAAGCAUA